AUGCGAGAAAGUAAUUAUUUUCCUACAGGAGGAAGGUAUGGAGGAGGAGGAGGAGGAGGGGGAAAUGCUGCCUCUGUGCUGUCGGGGGGGAAGCGAGCCAAGAAAACGAUUGCUGCCGACGACGAAGAAGGAAGAAGAGGAGGGAAGCGAAAGGAACAGGAUGAAAAAGAAGAAGGAACAAGAUGGAAGCAUAAGGAACAGGAGGAGAAGAAGAAGAAGUUUAAGAAGAAGAAAGAGGAGAGAAGCAGAAGGAACAUGAGAAGAAGAAGAAGUUUAAAAAGAAGGAAGAGAGGAAGCAGAAGGAACAGGAGGAGAAGAAGUUUAAGAAGAAGGAAGAGGAGGGAAGCAGAAGGAAGAGGAGAAGAGCAGAAGGAACAGGAGGAAAAAAGAUCCUCCUUCUUUUCCUUCUCCUUUUUAAUCUUAAGAAGGAGAAGGAAGAGGAGGAGGAUCGGAAGAAGAGGAAGCAGGGGAAUAUUUUUUUUCAAUACGUAA